CGGAGCAAAAGAAAGCAGACACAAACCGAGAGUCACACCGAGUGUGUGUGAGUGCGCGUGAGUGUGGCCGACGGCGGGAAAACAGGGAGAGUAGAAGAAGAAGAAGAAAAAGAAGGAGCAGAGGAACGAGGAGGAGGAGGAGAAGUGAGUCGGACUUCUCCGUUAGUUUCCCUCUCGCGCUCCGGAGGGUCUCGGUGUGAAACAUGGAGCGAACGGGAACUUUGCUGCUCGCGCUCUUACUGGGAACACUGGGACUAACGGGACUAACGGGCGCGCGGGCGGACACCUUCAAAGCCUGCCUGUCCGGACAGACGCCAGACUGCACUCUGGUCCAGUCUAAAGAGGACGACUUUGACUGGGAGCAAGGAGACACCCGAGACCGCCCGGCCAACAACCCCUGGAUCCCUGCAGGCUCGUCCUUCCUGUUUGUGAACACGUCUGGCCGUUACACCGGUGAGCGUGCUCAGAUGAUGCUGCCUCCGCUCAGAGAAAACGAUACGCACUGCCUCAACUUCAUGUUCUACAGGGCGGGGGGGCGGGAGGGGGCGGCUCCCGCCACGCUCAACGUCUACAUCAGAGAGAACAACAGUCCUCUGGGAGUUCCGGUCUUCAACUCCUCAGGCCCCGCCUACCACAUCUGGAAAGGGGUGGAGCUUGCUGUAUCUACCUUCUGGCCAAACCACUACCAGGUGGUGUUCGAGGCAGUCAGCAACGGUCAGAGAGGAAUCCUGGCCAUCAAGGACAUCACUCUGCAGGGACACCAGUGCUUGAGCACGCCUCACUUCCUGCACAUCAAAGGCGUGGAGGUGAACGCCGGGCAGACGGCGACAUUUCACUGCACCGUCAACGGACGACCACAGAGCAACCUGCUUCUCUACCUGCAGGGCAUGGGCGGUCGUCAGGCUGUCGUCAGGGAAACCAAACCGGUGAACACGCGGCGUUACGUGGCGAGCUUCGAUGUUGAGAACACGACCAAGGGCGACUCUGGAAGAUAUCGCUGCAUCGCCCAAUCAGAGCGUGGAGUAGGCGUGUCCGCUUAUGCUGACCUCACAGUGAAACAGCCCCCCGUACCCAUCGCCCCCCCUCAGCUGACAGCUGUUGGCGCCACCUACCUGUGGAUCCAGCUCAACGCCAACUCCAUCAACGGAGACGGGCCGAUCACCGAGAGAGAGGUGGAGUAUCGGACGAUGUCGGGCAUGUUGAUUGACACCACACCUGUGGAUAAGCCCACCCACAAGAUUGGGCACCUUGACCCCGACACAGAGUACGAGAUCAGCGUUCUGCUGACCAGACCCCUGGACGGGGGCACGGGGAGUCCAGGACCACCUCUGAGAGCCAGGACCAAGUGUGCAGAUCCGAUGCACGGCCCCCGGCGUCUGGAGGUUGUCGACAUUCAGUCCAAACAGGUGACCAUUCGCUGGGAGCCGUUUGGGUACAAUGUGACCCGCUGUCACAGCUACAACCUGACUGUGCAGUACCACUACCGACCAGCAGGGGCCCCCAGCAGGGAGCCAGUGAAGGCAGAACAACGGGAGGAGGUCGUGUACGACACCCUGAGCUCCGUGCCACAGCACACCGUACGUAACCUUCCGCCAUUCACCAAUGUCAGCCUGAGACUGGCCCUGAGUAACCCCGAGGGACGCAAGGAGAGCGAGGAGCUGCUGGUGCUGACGGAUGAGGACGUCCCUGGGGCUGUUCCGGUAGAUUCCAUCGUGGGCAGCAGCUACGAGCAGCAGAUCAGUCUUAGCUGGAGAGAACCACUGCAGACGUACGGCCUCAUCCGGCAGUACGAGAUCUCCUACAAAGCCCUCAGCUCCUUCGACACAGAGUUCGACCUGUCCAAUCAGAGUGGGAAGGUGGUCAAACCGGCCAAUGAGACAAGCCAUGUCUUCAGUGGCCUCUACCCAGGCUCCACCUACUCCUUCACAAUAAGAGCCUCGACCGUGAAGGGCUUUGGACCGCCAGUGAUCACCCAGUUCACCACCAAGAUCUCAGCUCCUCUGAUGCCGGCGUACGAUCAGGAGUCUCCGCUCAAUCAGACUGACUCCACCGUCACCGUCCUGCUGAAACCGGCGCAGAGCCGCGGAGCGCCCGUCAGUAAGUACCAGGUGGUGGUGGAAGAAGAGCGCCCCCGCAGGCAGAAGAGGGACACUGCAGAGAUCCUGCGCUGUUAUCCGGUGCCCAUUCACUUCCAGAACGCCUCCCUGCUCAGAUCACAGUACUACUUCGGCGCAGAGCUGCCGAUGAGCGAGCUGAGAGCGCCAACGCCGUUCUGCGUGGGUGAUAACAGGACAUAUAAUGGCUACUGGAACGCUCCUCUGCUGCCUCAUAAGAGUUAUGGCAUUUACUACCAGGCCGUCAGCACGGCCAAUGGGGAGACGAAGAUCGACUGCGUGCGUGUGGCCACUAAAGCUGCUAUAAUCGUCACUCAGCUCACCACGCCGUACAUUCGUAUCGCGCCUGCAGCCGGUGACAAACAGCUAACAGGAGCUGCGACCAGAAAACCUGAACCAGAACAGGAGAAACAGUCUGACCACACAGUGAAGAUCGCCGGAUCCAUUGCUGGCGUCCUGCUCUUCAUCAUCAUCUUCCUCGGCAUCAUUCUGCUGAUGAAGAAACGGAAGUUGGCGAAGAAAAGGAAGGAAACUCUAAGCUCCAGACAGGAAAUGACUCUGAUGGUCAACAACUCCCAACACACAACAGUGGUGGACACGCACACGCACACGCUUAAUGGACGCACUGUGUCGUCUCCGUCCUCGUUCACCCUGAAGUCAAACACCAUCAGCACCACGGUCCCUAACUCCUACUACCCAGAUCCCUUCGUGCCGACGGCCAUUCUUGUGCCCAUUAAUGCAGACGACAGCCAUACUAUGACCAGCGAGACCAGCAGCCUGGUCCAGUCCCACUACAAGCAGCGCGAGUCGGAGCGAGAGGGGCUGACCUACCAGACGGGUCAGCUGCACCCCGCCAUCCGAGUGGCCGACCUGCUGCAGCACAUCACCCAGAUGAAGUGUGCCGAGGGCUACGGCUUCAAAGAGGAGUACGAGAGUUUUUUCGAGGGACAGUCGGCUCCAUGGGAUUCAGCCAAGAAGGACGAGAACCGCAUGAAGAAUCGCUACGGAAACAUCAUUGCCUACGAUCACUCCCGUGUGCGUCUGCAGCCUCAGGAUGGAGAGAGCGGCUCUGACUACAUCAACGCCAACUAUGUGGACGGUUACCACCGACCAAACCACUACAUCGCCACCCAAGGUCCCAUGCAGGAGACGGUUUAUGAUUUCUGGCGGAUGGUUUGGCAGGAGAACACCGCCGCCAUCGUCAUGGUUACCAACCUGGUGGAGGUGGGGCGGGUGAAGUGCUGUAAGUACUGGCCCGAUGACACGGAGAUCUACGGAGACAUGAAGGUGACGCUGAUCGAGACUCAGCUGCUGUCAGAGUACGUGAUCCGGACCUUCGCCGUAGAGAAGAGGGGCGUGGCCGAGAUCAGAGAGAUCCGACAGUUUCAUUUCACCGGCUGGCCCGAUCACGGCGUGCCGCUUCACGCCACCGGCCUGCUGGGAUUCAUUCGCCGCGUCAAGGCAAAGACGCCGCCCACUGCCGGCCCGACGGUGGUCCACUGCAGCGCGGGGGCGGGGCGUACCGGCUGUUUCAUCGUGAUCGACAUCAUGCUGGACAUGGCGGAGAGAGAGGGCGUGGUCGACAUCUACAACUGUGUGAGAGAGCUGAGGGCACGGCGGGUGAACAUGGUGCAGACGGAGGAGCAGUAUGUCUUCAUCCAUGACGCCAUCUUGGAGGCGUGUCUCUGUGGCGACACGGCGAUCCCUGCCAAUCAGCUGCGUUCGGUUUACUACGAGAUGAACCGAUUGGAUCCUCAGACCAACUCGAGUCAGAUCAAAGAGGAGUUCAGGACUCUGAACAUGGUCACGCCCACGUUGCGAGUUGAGGAUUGCAGCAUCGCUCUGUUGCCUAGAAACCACGAGAAGAACCGCUGCAUGGACGUGCUGCCUCCGGACCGCUGCCUACCCUUCCUCAUCACCAUCGACGGAGAAAGCUCCAACUACAUCAAUGCUGCUCUGAUGGAUAGCUAUAAGCAGCCGUCAGCAUUCAUCGUUACCCAGCAUCCUUUGCCCAACACGGUAAAGGACUUCUGGCGCCUGGUCCUGGACUAUCACUGCACGUCCAUCGUCAUGCUGAACGACGUUGAUCCUGCACAGCUCUGUCCUCAGUACUGGCCCGAGAACGGCCUCCAUCGUCUCGGCUCGCUGCAGGUCGAGUUCGUCUCUGCUGACCUGGAGGAAGACGUCAUCAGCCGCAUCUUCAGGAUCUACAACACAGCCAGGCCUCAGGACGGGUACCGGAUGGUGCAGCAGUUCCAGUUCCUGGGCUGGCCGAUGUACCGGGACACGCCGGUGUCUAAGCGCUCCUUCCUGAAGCUGGUCCAUCAGGUGGAUAAGUGGCAGGAGGAGUACGACGGAGGGGAGGGCCGCACAGUGGUCCACUGCCUGAACGGCGGCGGUCGCAGCGGCGUUUUCUGCAGCAUUAGUAUUGUGUGUGAGAUGUUGCGUCAGCAGCGAUGUGUCGACGUGUUUCACGCCGUAAAAACGCUGAGAAACAACAAACCAAACAUGGUGGACCUGCUGGAACAGUAUAAAUUCUGUUAUGAAGUGGCUUUGGAGUAUCUGAACUCUGCUUAGCCUCAAACACAGACGCUCCUUCAUCGUCCUCCUCCUCCUGGAACCAGCUGCACAUGGAGACGGGAGGAAGAGGAGGAGCUAACUACUGACUGAGGAGGAGGAGGAGGACUGACAGUGAGGAAGAGGAGAUGUUUUUGCACUGAACUCUGUUAUUCACCGUGUUUGAUUUUUGAAUAUUUUUGUUUGAUUGAUGAAACUCAGAGAACCAAAACAUCGUCAGACAUGAAGAGAAGAUUCUGCACCAUCUCUGUUUUUUACGUCCGAGUGGAGCAUCCUGACAGCUCACAGGAUCCAUGUGAACUCACCUCAGCUUCCUGUGACCGUGUCGCUCAUUUCCCAGGAGCAGAAAUCACGUCUCAGCUUCUGUUUGUGUUUUGUGGCUGAAAUGUUGAAAGUCUUCUCACAGCUCACCCGUCGUUUGAAUCCUGGAGUUUACCUCGUCACCAAAGACGGAGAACAUCUCACUAUCAGAGCUCUUAUCAGGACUCUGUGUGAAAAAUACAUUUAAAGUUACCUGAAUGCCCCAAAAUUAUCCUCUAAUUUAAACAACAUCAGUUUAUAACAAAGUUUACUGGGUAUGAUGUAUUUCAGAAUAUGAGAGUCUGAGAGACCACAGUCCUCAUUAAACCGGCCACAGGUCCAAAUCCCAGUCCUGUUACAGUCUGAUCCAUGUCCCCAUAUCCGUCCUAUCAAUUAAAGACAAACGACCCAAAAUAAAACCUGGAGAGAGGGAGGUGGCUGUGUCUGAAACCACUUAUUUACUACUGCUACGUACUAGUCUGUGUUCUGUUUCACUCCAUGGCCCAUCAGCUCCUCAUCAUGUGACUUUAUUGUUCACAUAUUUCAGCUCUGAGCUCAGGGGACUAAAACUCAGAACCUGACAACAAUUAAGACAUUAUUCAUCGUAAGGAUGCACAUGAUUAGCCACUGUAAAAUGCCUGCUUCCUUGGUAGUCACCUGGGUCCUUAGUGGUCCUCUGGUUCCUUUGUAGUCUCCUUAGAAGUGGCCUCAUUCCUUGGAAGCAGUCAUGGUUCCUCAGUUGAUGCCUGGGUCCUUAGUAGUCACCUUUUCCCUCUGAAUGUCAUCUGGCUUCUUGGUAGAUGCCUGAUUUCACGUCCAGGUUCCUUGGUAAACCCUUUGGUUCUUUGUUUGUCACCUGGUUUCUUUGUCAUCACCUGGUUCCUUAAUGGUCAGCUGGUUCUUUGGUAGUCUCUGUGGUAGUAGCCUGGGUCUUUGGGAGAUGCCUGGUGCCUUUGUAGGUCCUGGUUUCUUGGUAGUUGCGUGGUUCCUUGGUAGUCCUCUUGGUUACUUGAUAAUCCUCUUGGUUCCUCGGUAGUCCCCUUGGUUCCUUGGUAGUCUUCUUGGUUACUUGGUAGUCCUCUUGGUUCCUCGGUAGUCCCCUUGGUUCCUUGGUAGUCUGCUUGGUUACUUGAUAGUCCUCUUGGUUCCAGGGUAGUCCUCUUGGUUACUUUGUAGUCCUCUUGGUUACUUGGUAGUCCUCUUGGUUCCACGGUAGUCCUCUUGGUUCCUUGGUAGUCUGCUUGGUUACUUGAUAGUCCUCUUGGUUCCAGGGUAGUCCUCUUGGUUACUUUGUAGUCUUCUUGGUUACUUGGUAGUCCUCUUGGUUCCUCGGUAGUCCCCUUGGUUCCUUGGUAGUCUGCUUGGUUACUUGAUAGUCCUCUUGGUUCCAGGGUAGUCCUCUUGGUUACUUUGUAAUCCUCUUGGUUAUUUGGUAGUCCUCUUGGUUACUUGGUAGUCCUCUUGGUUCCCCGGUAGUCCUCUUGGUUCCACGGUAGUCCUCUUGGUUACUUGGUAGUCCUUUUGGUUACUUGGUAGUCCUCUUGGUUCCCCGGUAGUCCUCAUGGUUACUUGGUAGUCCUCUUGGUUCCACGGUAGUCCUCUUGGUUACUUGGUAGUCCUUUUGGUUACUUGGUAGUCCUCUUGGUUCCCCGGUAGUCCUCAUGGUUACUCGGUAGUAGCCCGGUUCCAUGGAAGUUGGCUCCAGAAUUACUCGACAGUUAACCUGUUUUUGAAGUAAAAUUCCGGCUAAGCCAGUAAGCAUCAAGGGAUUUCUUACAUAAAAACAAACUAUGGAUUUGAAAUGUCCUACAUACUGAAUGUGGCAUCACAUUUGGAGGAGUAUUUUGAACGGGAUGUGGUUUUAGACACAGCCAACGACAGACUCUGGCCUGACUCAAUGCUGGAACAUGAGGGUUUAUUGUUUUGUUUUGUUUUUUUUUCCUUCAAAGGGCAUGAUGGGAAAUGAAGUCUGUCUGCUUGCAGCCAGAGGGAGUAAAUCAAAUCUUAGAAUCUAACUUUCAGAAUAAAUUUAUUUGAUAUUAUGUUUUUAUUCACUUUAAAUGAGUUGAUUUCAAAUGCUGGCAUCACAUCUGAUUGGUUGAGAACCAGCAUGACAUCAGAGCCCAGAGUCAUUAUCAUUUAAUUGAUCAGUAAUUAAUCAACUGAAACACCAUUCACUAAGCUCCGCCCCUAAACUGUGACUGUCCAAUUUUUUUUUUUAUCUUUUCCAUUUUUGGCCAACUUUAAGCUAGUGCCACUUCAGAGAACUGAGUUAGCUUAGCGUUAGCAUGUAAGUCUUGAUGUUUGUGUUUGUAGUUUUUUUUAUUAUUUUGAGGCAGAGUGGGCACAAAGUGUCUUUGCUUAUUUAUUGAAUUAUUUAAUCUGAUGGACUUUCAUCUUUUCUUUUUCUUUAUUUUGUAUAAAUGUCUAAAAGUGGGCGGAGCUAUCUGCAUGUGGUGUUCUUGGCACCAUUAACGUUUAUGUCAACAUUAACUCUUGUGAUCCGUGUUUACAUUCAACAUUUACAUCAAUCAAGAGAAAUCACACAUGCUUACCUGUUAUUUCUCUUCUUUUAACUGUCUUUUUAAGAUCUAAAGUAGAUUUAAAAACAGGAACAAUAAAGUUAAGUCUUUAUUAUUGGGAACAUUUAAGGAAUAAAACAUCAAAGAACUGAAUGAUCCACUAUUUUUAAUAAAAGACCAAUGUUUCACAAACCACAGCAAAAAGCUCUGUAAAUCUGCUUCGUUUUCGCUCCUUGUUAUGUAUUUUUAUAUGAUGACAGAGGGGGCGGAGCUUAGAGAAUGGUCUAUUCUGAAACAUAUGAACGUUUCUUUUGCACUGAGCGGUCGAUGUCCAGCCUCACAGAGACAACGGUGUCAUCAGCAAACAGCAAAAAGAAGAGGGCUGAGUAGAGCGCCCUGUGGGACACCAUGAAUUAAAAAUCCUGUGGAUGAUUAAAGACAACUCCUAGACCAAAACCAAUCAGAGACAAAUGGAUUAUCCAAUCAACAGGCCUGAUCUAACAAGCUUUGAAUGUCCUGUUUAUGCCUGGCAUUACAUCCAUUUCAGGCGUCCAGGUACCAAGUGGUAAAUGUUGAUGUUUUGAUUGAUUGCGUACAUGCUACACGUACUGGCGUGCAUUAAAGACCGCCCCUGUGCCUGACUUAAUCUGCUGUAUUCAGCUAGUUAGUAAAUAUGUGGCUUAUUUAUGUCCAUCCAACCUCGCCCAGGAGGCUAAAUGGACUAACAAUCCUUCCUUUCGGUUGAUUGUCCUCUGUUUGCAACUUUUGGAAAAGCGGGUGGAUCUGGCGAGGAGUGAGGGUUUCCCACUUUUUUGUAAAAGUUGCCAAUGAUGGCCUACUCUUUGGCAAAAAUGGAGGGAAGAAGCCCCCAGCUUCACCAAUAUUCUGUCCUCUGCCUUUGAUGAUGUCAUCCUUUGAAGGUAAUUAAUCAUUCUGUCCUCUGCCUUUGAUGAUGUCAUCAUUUGAA